GUCAACUUGGGUGGCACUCUAUACUUUAAUUCUCGUCAUACUACUGAUGUCGUCCUUAAGAUCAGAGGGACACUACUUGGUUUUUUCUUUUGACAUCAUCAGUUCUUCCUAUGGUUACUCUACCUGCUGCCUUAUGAUGAACGAGUAAUGGAGUGUUGAAGGUGCAAAUUGUUAGCGUCAAGAGGGUGUUAUUGAGGCAUUAAAAGCUCUGUGAUUGCUUUCCAAGUUUCUCUGUGAGACAAUGUUACCUUGAAGAUUGGGAUUUGUUCUAAUAUGCUACCUGAAUCACUAUCGAUACGAUGCAGGGCUCAAGAGUGUGGCCUAGUUGUUAAUGAAUUGAGUGGAGAACCAUGAGGCAUGAAGUCUCAGGUUCCUAUCUGUCCUAACUUUUGUGAACAAAGUUAUCUGACACUUGUUGUUAGUGAGAAGUAACAUGUAUCUCGUGAAAUUAAUCCAGAUACGUAAUAGUUGGCACGAACACUAUAGUCAUGAAAAUAAAAAGAAUAUUUUCAAGUUUGUGAAUAGAAUAAUCUUUAUCUUUAUGAUAAUUUAUUUAUGAUAUUUCACUAACUUUGAUCAAGAAUCAUAUUCUUCUAGCUAAGGAGAAUAAAGAAAGAAUAUUUCAAAAUAUAUAUGAUAGGAACCUUCGUUAGAUGUUUGAUGGGAACCUUUGUUAUGAAGGAAGGUCAACUCUGCUAUUGUGAAUUACAUGUGCAAUGUGCAUAUGGAUACAACAAAAGAUUCAAAGGACGUGGUCUAGUAGUGCAUCGACAUGUAUAUAUAUAUAUAUAAACGUUAUUUCAUAUCGCAUAUUUAAACGUAAGUUAAAAGACAAUCGAUAUGUAUAUAUGUAUAUAUAAACGUUAUUUCAUAUCGUAUAUUUAAACGUAAGUUAAAAAUUGUAUUACUUUGUUGUUAAAUCUUAUAUUAAUUAUAAACAUUAAACUUGAUAAUCAAUUAAACUAUUUUACCAAACUUUGUUGUGAUUUCCAAAACCGGCAAUUAACAUAGUGGCCUUGUAACAAGAAAUUUUUUUAGCCUUAAACUAUUUUAAUUGUUUUGGCAAUAAAAUUUUAAAAUAUGAAGAAAGAUCUUUGCCGGCUUUUAUUUUUAUUAUUAAUUUUAGUUUAGAAAUCUAUAAUAUCUUAAUUAAUUUUAUUUUUUUUUAUGAAUGAACCCACAAGACAAUUAUGGCUAAAAUUCUCUUCAUUUUCCUUCAUCUCUUUGCUUUAUUAUUAAGAAUUCGACAAUUUUGUGGUAAGUCAUAGAUUGGUUUUUUUCUUCUUUAAUUUUGUAUUUUUUCUGUAAGCUAAAUUUAUGUCAAAUACACAAAAAUAAAAGAGAUUAUAUGCUAAAUUUGGUGUUCUAGGAUAAUCUCAAAAUUAUUUUAUUAACAUACAACUCAUAUUAAUGGAUAAUUUUUGUAUUUUUUUAUUCUGAGUUUUACGCUUCUUUAUAUAUGCUUAAACAAUGCUACCUAAUGAUCACUAAUUAAUAUAUGUAAUAUAUAAUAAACAUAUUUUUUUGGGCAAGAUAUUGCUUCACCAACCAGUUAAUCAGACGCGAGCUCUUCGUAAGUCAGAUUUCUUCUUUUGUUCUUCUGUCAAGACAAGUUUUUACGCGUUAUUCAUUCACCUGUGAUUAAAAACACUAUUUUCAUCUUUUCAACAAUUAACCUGAUAAUAUAAAUAUUCUUUUCAUAUAUAUGAACUUAUGUGUCAUUUUUAUUUUUAUUUUUCAGAUGGGAAGGUAAUGAUGGAGUAUAUUGGAGCAACAGGCAAACCAAUAACAUUUGAUGAUGUUCCAAUUGAUGAAGGAAUUGACUUUCAUUUCAUUCUUAGUUUUGCUAUUGAUGCUGACUCUCUAGGGAACCCACAAAAUGGCAAAUUCUCACCUUGUUGGGCAUCAACAUUAACCCCAAACUCAGUUGCAUCAAUUAAAUCCAAAUACCCUAAUGUCAAAGUCUUGGCUAGCCUUUCUGGUUGGAGUAUAGGUUCAAAAGUCCUUAGCUGGUACAAGCCUAUUGACACUCAACAGUGGAUAUCAAAUGCAUUCACUUCCCUCAAAUCAAUUGUCAACACAUAUAACCUUGAUGGAAUUGACAUUGACUAUGAGAGAUUCCCAAAACACAGUGAAAGUUUCUCUCAUUGCAUAGGAGAAUUAAUAACUCUCUUAAAGAACCAAAGUGUUAUAUCUAUAGCAACAAUUGCACCAUAUUAUAGAACAAUUUUACCAUACAUAGAGCUAUACAACAACUAUGGAGAAUCAAUUGACUAUGUAAAUCAUCAAUUUUAUACAGAUAAAGUUAGUACACCAAGAGGUUAUUUGAAGGCUUUUGUUCUAAGAAGUGAACAAUUUAAUAAAGAGAAAGUAAUUCCUAGCUAUGAAGUGGAUGGAAGAGGAAUUCAAGGUGAUGCAUUUUUUGAUGGAUUGAAAUUACUGGAAACUAAUGGAUUUCAUGUUAAUGGUGCAAUGAUUUACUCUGCUGAUGCUUCAUCUGAGGAUAAUUACAUUUAUGAGAGGAAAAUUCAAGCAUUCUUGUUAAAUUCUACUAGUGUAUGAAGUAUAUUGUUAUUUUGUAGUAAUGAAUUUGUAAUAUUGAAGAGAUAAUAAGGAGAUUUCAAGAGCCCCACCCUAGAAAUGUGGGGUUUGUAUUUGAUAAUAUGAAUGAAUUUUAAUGUUACUACUUUAGAUAAUAGUCUAAUAUUUUAGAAGUAACAUUAUUUUACAUUACACAUUAAAGACUGAUUUUGAAUCACGUACCGUCUUUGGAUUUCGCUCGCCUUUCUCUUUCCUUUUUCCAGUCUCACUUGCCAUAUAUACAAAUGCAUAUG